AUGUCCUCCAGAGCUGUCCGAAAACUACAGAGAGAGCAGGAACAGCAAAUUCAGCGGAAUACUUUGAAAGAAGACCAUGCACCGGAUGAUGAGUCAGAAGAAGAGGCGCCCGCGGGGAAGAUUCUCAAUGCAUUUGAUAUGCUAAACCAAGAUGAAGAUGGAGAUGAAAUGAAUGACUCCGACGUCGUAGACCCUAAUGAUAGAGAGGACGCUGAGGUGUCAACAAAGAAUCCUCAAGUCGAAUCGUCAGAAAAGCCAAAAACGAAGAGCAAGUCGAAGAAGAAGAAAAACAAGAAAAAGAGCAAAGUACCCGAGCAAGCUGAUCCUCCGGCCAAAACUGCUCUGGCUGGCGCUAAAGAACCACAACUGGAUGAGAUUGACAUUGCUCUCAAGUCUUUGUCGACAACAUCCAAGGAUGGAGCAGAGGUUCCACUGGCAUCUAAGAUCGAUGAAGCUAAUGUACAACUGUAUCGACUACUUGCGGUUGAGUCGAAGCAUUUAAACGCUCUGAACGAAAUGAAGCGCCUCUUUGGGAACGUGGUGCUGGAAAACGAGGAUGAAGCUGGCGCCGCGGCCGGCCCUCCCAGACGGCGAGGCAGGGUUCAAAAUCUAGACCUCGGUGGUGCACUGGCUGGGCGCCAUAGUCCAGCUUCGCGUGGCCAAGGUUUGGCAGGUCUGGCACUUCGAAGGAAUCCUUUCAUCCUGGGCAAAGAGGAAUGGCCCAAAGCUACGAGCGGAGGGCUCGGCAUGGAGCUGGUCGAGAAAUUGGAGGAUGGUACUGUUGAGUUUCGCUUUGUGCACAACACAAUUUACCAAGACGUGCAGAGGCAAUUUCAAACAUGUGUAGAGUCCAUGGAUCCACAACGCAUGAUUGCAUUGCUUCAAUAUAACCCGUACCACAUCUCCACGCUACUCCAGGUUUCCGAAAUUGCAAAGCAACAAGGCGACCACUCCGUCUCGGGCGACCUACUCGAGCGCGCAUUGUUCAGCUUUGGACGAUCAGUACACUCCUCAUUCACAGCAGCUCUCGGGGAAGGUAAAGCACGACUUGACUUCAGACGGCCAGAGAACCGUGAAUUCUGGCUCUCGGCGUGGCGCUAUGUCAACAAUCUAGGCCAGAGAGGCACCUGGCGAACAGCCUACGAGUGGGCAAAGUUGGUGCUUAGCCUUGAUCCUGAAGGGGAUCCUUAUCGCAUCUGUCUCUUUCUGGACCAACUAGCCCUCCGUGGGGGUCAGUCAGAGCAUCUCCUGCAACUAAGCAGGAGUCCGUUCUACGCCGAUGAUCUCUGGCGAAGCCGCCCAAAUAUCGAUAUUUCUUCAGCUCUUGCAGAGUUCAAGCUCAAACAGGUACAGAAAUGCCGGUCAUCUCUCAAAACUUGCGUCGAGGAUUAUCCUUGGGUAUUCCCCCGCCUAUUCAAAGAACUCAGCAUCGACCAUAUUCCCAAGUCAGUAUGGGGAAAGACCCCAUCCACGGACCGAGAAAAUUUCGAAUGCGAGCUGUACGUCCACAACGCCAAAGAUCUAUGGAACACCCCGGAAGCGACAUCCUUCCUGGUCGAAGUCGUCGAGUCAGCAGAGGUCGCUCCCACACGAGAAAAGGCUCGGAGGGAGACCAUACCGCUGUCUCAUGGACCCAUUACUCUCGACGAAGCCCGCCAUGUCCUCCUUUCGGGGGUUCCUGCCCUCAUAAAUCUCAUUCCCCGCGGAUACACCAACAUGCCCACGUCGUCUUCAGAUCCUCUCCCACCACCCAAUAAUGUCCCAUCCUAUGAUCCCGCCCCGCCAACACACCUUCAAGGGGCGGCGAAUCAAUCCCCUUUUGAGGCAGCCGGUGGGUUCGACACCCCUCCAGAAGAGGGCACACCCAAUCGCCAAUCUUUAGAGGAUAACCAACGAGGUCUAGGCGAAGCCCCAGAGUUGCAAGGAUUGCAGGGAUUUUUCCGCCGUUUCAUCCCAUGGAUCCCGUCCGGCCGCAUGCCCGAGCAGACAGACACCGACACCGACGCCGACGCCAUCAACGCUCGAGCCGCCGAGCUCGGCAUCCCAGAAGGACUGAUCGCUGAACGGGGCCGGCGAGUGCCGGAAACCCUCCAAGGACGAGAUGCACCCGAUGCAGCGCCUGCACCAGGACUGGAAAACACGAAUAACACUGUAGGCCCUACCGUCGAAUCCGAGCCCGAAUCCGAACAAUCUAUCGAUAGUGGCGAUGACGCUAUGAUUACGAGCGACACAGCGCCCAACCGUGGGCCCCAAAGCGAGGAACCAUACGACGACGAUCGCAACCAGCGCUGGCUCGCCGGGCAGGGCAUGCUCCGGCUCCGCGACUUCUGCGCCCAGCACGGCACCGACGAAACCGCCUGGGAGGGUAACAUCGACAGCGGCAUCGUUGGCGAAUACGCCCAGCGCGUCAUGCAGUUGCGGCAGCAGAGGACCCGGACGUUCAUCAUGGAGUACCCGCUCACGCAGGGGACGAGCCGGGAGGUGAAGGCGCUGGUCGAGAGGGAGAUUCAGAGGGGCGGCCGUCUGGAGUCGUGA